AUUGUGCCUGCCAUCUGGUAUUUACACAGUGUUUUGUUGAGAUGCAGUUGCAUAACCAAAUAAGCUGCGUUUCUUCAAGCCUUUUCAGCGAAUUUAUGGAUCUUUAGCAGGAGCCUUUUGAUCUUAAAGCAGUCUUCAUGUCUGACUCCUGGCAGUGUGAAAACAUCUUACGCAGUGAAUUCUUGGUGAUUUCGCCUGCACGUCCAUGACCAGCUAGUAUUUCAUAUUAUUCUUUUUUCUUUGGAAAAAGCAAUUAGAAUUUUAAUUAGCAAUGCAUUUGAGUUAAUCUCCCCCAUUUCUCUGUUUAUUUAUUCAAUUAAAGAUGAGAUUUAUUAAGAAAACAUCGCGAGAGGACUGCACUUCAUACUAAAAGUGCGUUAUGUGAACAGGACCAUCCUUGCAUGUUGUCAUGGAACAGGACAGUGUUUACCAAAGUGGAUUGAUUUGUGGGAACGAUGUGACCUUCGCUGAAACACAAACCUCUUGUUCAGGUUUUAACUAGCUUUUAUUCAUGAUCCUACAGUGCUGCUAAAGACUGGGCACAAGGCUCAAACUUGUGACACUGGUAAUAAGACAAAUGAUGUAAGUGGCAGCAUAAGAUUGUUUCCUGUUUUGUUGGAGGGUGUCCAGCAUAGGAAGGAGCCCCAAGUUAACUCCAAGAGCACAGGAGACAAAAGGUGUGCAGAUGGAAAGAAAUGUCCUCAUUGAGUAAAGCUACAUUUCUCUACAGAGGUGCACUGACAGAGAAUCGUGAUGUACAGUAUAUGACUCUGGUUCCAAGUGUACUUGUACAUUUAAAAACCUCUAUCAUGCCAUUGAAAGGAUCACAUCCACUAGACUCGUUCUAGACUGACACAAAGCUCUAAAUUAAUAAUAGUAUUGUCUAAUAGUACAAGGUCUAAAUUAUUAUGAUUAUUAUUAUAUGCAUCAGAUAAACAGGUUUGUUUUAGUCUUUCUGCAUUUAGAAUUUAACGUAACAGAUCUCUUCUUUGACCCUCAUCCUCACUGAGUGAAAGGUUACUUUUCUGCCAUUUACUGUUAAUAAUGUAUAAAUCAGUUUCAUAAGGUCUGUUAAUUUUCAAUUGGUAUCUCCAAUCUAUAACAGCCACUUAUCAUCUUUAAAAGUUUAAAAUGAAAAUGACCUGUUAUCGAUUCCAGCCAGAAGGCUUCUGAAAAGACCACCCGCAGGUACUUCAGAGUAAAUGUAGUGUGGAAGUAAAUUCCUAUUGUGCCCCUUAGUAGGGCAGUAUACUCUGCACAUUACUGCUCCCACCUUGCUUCUAUAUCUUUGGCCUUUUUUUUCAGUCCAAGCAGAAAGAACAACAGAGAGACUUGCCCUAGUCAACAAACGUGAUGUCAAAGCAAAACAUGAGGAUAAUGUGUUCAGUUACUGUAAAGUUAAGGCCCUGAGUGAAAGAGGUCAUUGGAGAGAGAUUCAAAAGAUAAGGGUGACAGUUCCCUCCAGGCACUUUUUCCACAUCAUCCUCCAGCCCCUCAUUUACUGUACAACAAGGGCCCUUUCUGUGCGCUGCACCACCAGGCUCACAUGCUCGCUCGCUCAGAUCUGGAGGACGUCUUCCCAAUUAAACCAGUGAAGAGGUGCGCUGGUUGAACAACAUCGCCGUGUGACAGCUGAAAGACGGAAAGACAAAAACUAUGGAAAACGGAAAAGAGAAAGUUCAGCAGAAGAAAAAAUUCUGACUAAAGCCUGGUUUCAUUCCCCAAUUUAAGAAGACAGAGACAUGGAUGAUAUGAAUUUACAGAUUGCAGAGCUGCAGGCGCUUGCUGCAGAGCUGAAGAGUGGACUGACAGGAGCUCUGCAGGACAUCUCCAACAUCCAGCAGAGAGACCACAAUCUGGAGGAGAGCAUGAUGAGCUUCCACAGCGAAGUGGAUGAGAAAUUGCUUGGAAUGAGAAACUCCUUAAACACCUUCAAGGAGGAGCUGAAUACUGCCUUGUCUCAGAUCAAAGACAUCAAUAGCCGGCAGAGAGAGAUGCAGAAAGGGCUGGAGCUCUUUCAGAUGGAGGUGGGGAGAGAACUUCUUUCCAAUCAAGAGAGAAAAGACCAGAAAGAGGACAUCACUGCUGAUGGAUGCCAAUAUGAAGCAAGCCAGGCAGGGCUCAGCACAAUCCAGCAUUAUUUUGCAAGUCUACAGAGCACUUCAUCUUCAAAAGUGAGCCCCGAGCAGGAAAGUGGCACUCACCAGAGGGGCCUGUGCAAGUCGCCUGUGUGGGGAGACGGUGCUGAGGCACUGAGCAUUCAGGACAUGGGUAAGAGGCAGAAUUCUGCACUGGAGCUGCUGGAAUCGGAGAGAAUGUACGUUUCCUAUUUAUCAUUGCUGCUAAAGGCCAAUAUCACCUUUAAUGGGUCUGAAGCCGUGCAUGUCAAGGAUAAAAGGCUGUUCCCCAGCUCUCUACGCUUUCUUAUUCAGCAGCACCUGGAGCUGCUUCACGGCCUGCAGGAGCGGCUGCUCAGGAGCCAGUGGCAGGGCAUCGUGGGGGACGUCUUCAUGAAGCUGGCCAGCAAAGAGAGCGAUUUCCUGGAUUAUUAUGUUGCUUAUCUGAAAGAGCUACCAGAAUGCCUUUCCGCUGUCAACAUGUACUGCGCCAGUUCCUUCAAAGCUGCAAGCCUGUUGGAGGGUGAUGGCAAUGGGGACGAGCUUCGACCUUCCCUGCAUGCACUGCUUCUUCAACCAGUGCAACGCAUCCCAGAAUAUCUUCUGUUAUUACAGAACUUGUGGAAACACACCGAGCCGGAGCACCCGGAUUACUACCUGCUCCUGAUCUGUAUCCAGCAGUUCAAGGCGUUCACGUCUCAGUGCGGUCAGCUGCUGCUGCACAACGAGGAGCUGCUGAGGCACGACCGGAGGGACCUCAAGAGGCUUCCCACGAAGCACUUAUUCAGGACAGCUGACUGUGGGGUCAAGUCUGAAGAGCUCAGUUCCACAAUCUCUCCCAGCUCUGCCUUGCUGCAACGAGCGAGCCAGGUGAAGAGAAGCAAGCAGAAGCUGCUGGAUCAAAUGCAGAGCAAGAGAGCUCAGGACUGGGAGGGCGUUACCAGGCAGUACGACUCGGCCAAGAACGUCAGCCAGGAGUUUUUCUUCAGCCCCGAGGUGGAGCCGAGGCUGAGGUCUCCAGCGCUCCAGAGCAUUCCCGAGAUGGAGCAGGAGCACGGCUCCUCGGAACGUCUGCCCUGCAAGGGGCCGCCCCCUGGAGACGGCGUGGGGGAAUUCCUGCUUCCCGGAGAGGCCCCGGUCCUGGACAGCCUGUACGAGGACGAGGACUCCCUCCACGACGUCUCCCUGCUCGACAACGGCUCCACGGCCUCCUCCAACUCCAGCGUGGACACGGCCUUCGCGCGCUGCUCGCGGGGCUACGCCGGCGAGGCCUGCGGGGGGGGGUCCAGGCUGCCCGGCCGCGGCUGCACCUCCCCCGAGGAGCCGGGCCCCCGCCGGAGCCGGCCGCCGCAGGCCGCCCAGCGCAAGAGCAAGUCCCUGAACGGCCUGCAGCUGGACGGCCCCGGCGGCACCCCGAGCCACAGCCCGCAGGGCUCCGCGGCAGGAGGGCCGCACGCCAAGCUGGAGCGGCAGUCCAGCAAGGGGUCCGCCCCGCGGAGAGCCGAGGCCGAAAGACGAGCAGCCCCCGAGGAGGAAGGAUUAAGCAGAGACCGCGACAAGGAGGCAGGGGGGCAGGUGUGGUGCGAAGAGUCCCCGUGGAGAAGCAGGCCAGAAGACCACGGCCAGACCGCUUUCAGUGAAAGGAGCAGGAAACAGGACCAGAAAGGAGGGUUUAGGAGCUCCUUCAAGAAGCUCUUCAAGAAGAAGUCCAGUGGGACUGACAUUAAAGAAAAGGCAAACGAGAAGCCGAUAUCUGAGCCCCUGGUCUUUUCCGAUCAGGAGAUACUGAAGACUCCACGGAGUGCUCGAAUUGGAGAAAUCGACAGGGGGACAGCAGUGUAAGCCCAGCUUGCCUACUUCUGGAACACUGCUGACUGAGAAAACCUUUUUCCCUGAAGUACAGUGUUUUGAGAAGGAAGGACACUAGGAUUUGUAUUCACUAGGAUAUUAUUAUAUUUGCUGUACAUAAGCCGUCUUUGUUUUCCCAUCAUUUGUCAAGGCAACGCGUGAUUGGAUAUUGUUUUUAAAAAUGAAUAACAAUGAAGUGAAUAUGUGGGACUUUAUCGGAGAAAUGAUGUAAAAUGUAUCUCAACAUGCAGAGGAAAAAGUCCUGAAAACCAGAACUAAUGCAGUUUAGUCCAUUUUCAAUCCACCUUUGGGACUCAAAUCUAAAUCCAAAAUACUCAAGUUAUUUAAAUCACAGAGCCAAUAUUUCACUUUA